AUGAAGAUUCGUCUACAGCCUCGCAGGUGACCUUACGCUAAGCGACCCUCAGGUAGGUUGAAUAUUGCUUUGUUUUUGUCUGCCCACCAUCUCCAUUUCAGCAACGAGCUAGCUCAACGGCUGGCCAACCUUCCAGUCGCUGCCGCCGCCAACGCCACCGCUGACGGGAACGCCUCCGUGGAGAACAGAUGGUGUCAACUGCGGGACAUAGUCCAGUCGACGGCGCUUUCUGUCCUUAGUCACGCACGCCGCCGACACCAGGACUGGUUUGACGACGACACCGCCAUCAGUAACCUACUCGUCGAAGAGAACUGA